ACCAUCAAAUUCACCCAUUUAAAGGGAAUAAUUUAGUGGUUUUCAGUAUAUUCCCAAGGUUGUGCAACCAUGACCAUUGUCUAAUUCUGUAACAUCUUCCUCACCCUGAAAAGAAAAGCUCUUACCCAUAGUAGUCACUCCCCAUCCCCCACCCCCAGCCCCAGGCAACCACCAAUUCCCUCUGUUUUUAUGGAUUUGUUAGCAGUUCUUAAUGUCAAUAGUAGUAAUAAUGGUAGCUGCUUGGUCCCCUUGCUGUUUAAAUGAAGUGUCUUUGCUGGUUUUGGACUUAUUGCCACACAGGUUGAUGUCUUGGAGAGUAACUGUAUAAUUUUAGCAACAGGCAAAUGUCACGCUAAAGGCAGGAUCUGGACAUUUAGUUCUGCUAUAAAAGGAUUAGCAAACAAACUGAACCUUGCUUCCUGUUGUGGCAGAGCCGAGAGUGCCCUUGAAGUAGGGUGCCUAACUCACAGCGAGACAUGCCACCAGUCAGUUGCAGGGGACGGGAAUGGCAGGGUCAGCUGAUGGUGCUUUAUGGAGGGGCUGUUAAUAGUUUCUGUGCUGGUGAUUGGCUCUGCUGUUGAAACCAUUCAGAACACUCGAAACACGUGAUGCGGAGGGUGCAUCCUUUUAACUAUUCUUGUAAUCGUGCUCUUGUUUUCUUCGGUGAGGCAGGGAGGCAGAGGGUCUGCAGUCGAGCCCCAGCUGGCUGCUUUCUGUGUGAACUUGAGCAGAUCAUUUCAUCUCUAGACCCUAUUUUCCUCAUCUGUAAAGUGGGAGCAAGAACUUCACAACCUCUUGAGUCGAGAGCAUUGACAUCCCUGUGGGGGCGGAUUCUGUCGCAUAAAGAACACAUGCUUUCAAAUCAGACAGGAUUGGAUUUUGAUUCCUUACUGCACUUUGAAGUUGUGUGACCUUGCUCAGCUCUUGAGCCCAGUGGGCCUCUGGGCACGAUGUCCCUGCCCAUCGGGAUGUACCGUCGGGCUUUCAGCUAUGACGACGCCCUGGAGGACCCUACGCCCAUGACCCCUCCUCCGUCGGACGUGGGCAGCGUCCCCUGGAGGCCAGUGAUCCCAGAGCGCAAGUAUCAGCACCUCGCCAAGGUGGAGGAAGGAGAGGCCAGUGUCCCCUCCCCGGCCAUGACCCUGUCAUCGGCCAUUGACAGCACGGACAAGGUCCCCGUGGUGAAGGCGAAAGCUACCCGUGUCAUCAUGAAUUCUCUGAUCACAAAACAGACCCAGGAGAGCAUUCAACGCUUUGAGCAGCAGGCAGGGCUGAGAGGUGCCGGCUACACACCCCACAGGGGCCUCACCACCGAGGAGACCAAGUACCUUCGAGUAGCAGAAGCACUCCACAAGCUGAAGCUACAGAGUGGAGAGGUAGCGAGGGAGGAGGAGCUGCCGGCCUCGGCCCAGUCCACCCCCAGCACCAGCCCCCACUCCUCCCCUAAGCAGAAGCCCAGAGGCUGGUUCUCUUCUGGCUCGUCUACAGCCUUACCUGGCCCAAAUCUUAGCACCAUGGAUUCUGGAAGCGGAGAUAAAGACAGAAACUCGGCAGAUAAAUGGAGCCUCUUUGGACCAAGAACCCUCCAGAAGUCUGAUUCGGGAGGCUUUGCCACCCAGGCCUACAAAGGCGCCCAGAAACCUUCUCCAAUGGAACUGAUCCGCGCACAGGCCACCCGCAUGGCUGAAAGUCCAGCAACCUUCCAGCCGCCCAAGAUGGACCUCCCAGUGAUGGAAGGGAAGAAACAACCGCCACGGACCCAUAAUAUCAAACCCCGUGACUUGAAUGUGCUCACACCCACUGGCUUCUAGAGCUUUCUCUUCCAGGGAUUCUGGAUAAGUGGGUGUCUGGCACCUGCUUCCCUUUCACCUUGGCUUUGACAUAGGAAAGGUUUUGGUUUUCUUUUUGUUGUUUUGUUUUUUCAAAACCUCUUAAUCCGAGGCUAGAGCUGGAGACAUAAUUGGUUUUUGAGAAACAUUAGUGCAAAGCUUGUCCUUGUGGAAGAAGCCAUUGUGUGUUGCUUUAAUUCAACGUUAGACUCAGUAAUCUCAGCAGUGACGUAUGUGGCCUCAUUACGAUUUUGGUAUCAUUCAGCCUAGACAAGAACUGUGAUCACUGCUUACUAGGUAACUAGUGUCUGUGCUAUGCCCAGCUGAGGCCUCUUGAUCCCUUUACUACGUCAGCGCGAGCACGGACAGGUCAUAGCGCAGAGGUGCUCACUGACCAUCCUGGGCCCUCAACAGUGCCGUGCUGUGCGUUCCAGCCUUGUCAGUCGGGGGACCUGCGACCUGUUUGCCAUCUGGGCCCAGUUCAAAGCCAGACUUGGCAAGGGCCUCUCCCCUGCCUCCUGGCAGAGCCUCCGGGCCUGCAGUACCUCUGUCACAAGCCCUGCAUAACUUCUGUUGCACUUUUAAAGUGAGGUUAAUUUGACUCCAGUUUGGUUGAAAACUUUCUAAGGCAGAAAUUCAACCUACUGGUUUGGUCUACAUAAAUGGAUGUUAAACUCUUUUAAAAAGAAGGUGGGAACGAUACGUAGAUACGUAGUCUUGAGGUUCAUGUGAAUGAAGCCUGCAUCACCCUGUUCUGAUUUCCUUGUUUGGGCCAGGGCCUGAGAGGUGGGAGAAGGAAAAACUUCCUAUAUGCAAUCUUGUCCCCCAAGAUGAGCCUCACACCUGUAUAAACACACAGCUGCCUGAGGACAGGAACCAGGGGCCUCACCUGUUCAUCACUUCCCUGUUGGCUGUGCUCCGUCAUUGUCCUGAACAGUUUCGAGUCCCCCGUUUUUGCUUUGGACAGGAUUGUGUCUACAUAAGAGCGGAGCUGGCCUUUUCAUAGGGAGGCGCUGGAGCCUCAAAUGAUCGGAACAAUUAAUUUAUUUGUCUUGUUAUGCUGGUACUUACUUGUUUUGACAAUAAAAAUCCAUACCACUUUCUCAAA